UGGCACACCUCUCGCAGUGCUGCCUACCCCUUUUUCCGUCACAAGCUGUACUGGGAACCCCUUGCAGCUGGGAUCUGAGGGGCCUGAAUCUUUGGCCUGAGCAUGUGGGCACCAGCCUUCUAGUUCUGGCUCUGCUAACCGCAGUAACCUUAAUCUAACCUCUUCCCCUCUGUGGGCUCAUUUCCUAUCUGAUCUGGCACUCCUUACUAUGAGAUAGACUUAGAGCUGUUUAGUUCCGUGCACUCUGCUGAAACCAGCCCAGAAACAGCCCAAACUCAUUUCUCUGCUGACAGCAGGUUUUAGAUUAUGUCUUGAGAUAAAAAGAAAUUGUGGCCAGAAAGGGAAGUGAGGAGAAUCAGAUCCCAGAGCUGGGAAGGAGACAGAGCACCCCUUCUCUUCCAUAGCCAGUGGAGUGGAAAGGGCCGGUUGAGAAGAGCCCUCUGAGGAUAAUAGCCUGGAACAGAUAGGUGUUCUCUCCACUCCCUGGGAGAUGUGUUCAUGAGGCAGAACCUGCAGACCCUCAGGGAAGAGGGCUCUUAGGGCCAUGGCCCAGGGCAGCAUCAACAGUGACCACAGUGAGUGGGGCUUCAGCUCAGAUGCUGGGGAGCGUGCCCGGCUGCUGCAGAGUCCCUGUGUGGACACAGCCCCCAAGAGUGAGUGGGAGGCCCCUUCUGGGGGUCCAGGCAGAGGCACCACUUCUACACUUGGGGCUGUCUUCAUCGUCGUCAAUGCCUGCCUGGGUGCAGGGCUACUCAACUUUCCAGCAGCCUUCAGCACUGCUGGGGGCAUAGCAGCUGGCAUCGCACUGCAAAUGGGCAUGUUAGUUUUCAUCAUCAGUGGCCUUGUCAUCCUGGCCUACUGCUCCCAGGCCAGCAACGAGAGGACCUACCAGGAGGUGGUGUGGGCCGUAUGCGGCAAGCUGACAGGUGUGCUGUGUGAGGUGACCAUCGCCAUAUACACCUUCGGCACCUGCAUCGCCUUCCUCAUCAUCAUUGGGGACCAGCAGGACAAGAUUAUAGCUGUGAUGGCCAAGGAGCCUGAGGGGGCCAACAGCGGCCCCUGGUACACAGACCGCAAGUUCACCAUCAGCCUCACUGCCAUCCUCUUCAUCCUGCCCCUGUCCAUCCCCAGGGAGAUCGGCUUCCAGAAAUAUGCCAGCUUCCUGAGUGUUGUGGGUACCUGGUACGUCACUGCCAUCAUUAUCAUCAAAUAUAUCUGGCCAGAUAAAGAGAUGACCCCAGGGGACAUUCUGACCAGGCCGGCUUCUUGGAUGGCUGUGUUCAAUGCCAUGCCCACCAUCUGCUUUGGAUUUCAGUGUCACGUGAGUAGUGUGCCCGUCUUCAACAGCAUGCACCAGCCUGAGAUAAAGACCUGGGGUGGGGUGGUGACAGCUGCCAUGGUCAUCGCCCUUGCUGUCUACAUGGGCACAGGCAUCUGUGGCUUCUUGACCUUUGGAGCGUCUGUGGACCCUGACGUGCUCCUUUCCUACCCCUCUGAAGACAUGGCUGUGGCUGUUGCCCGAGCCUUCAUCAUACUGAGCGUGCUCACUUCCUACCCUAUCCUGCACUUCUGUGGGCGGGCGGUGGUUGAAGGCCUGUGGCUACGCUACCAGGGGAUGCCAGUGGAGGAGGAUGUGGGGCGGGAGCAGAGGCGGCGAGUGCUGCAAACGCUGGUCUGGUUCCUGCUCACCCUGCUGUUGGCGCUCUUCAUCCCUGACAUCGGCAAGGUCAUCUCAGUCAUUGGGGGCCUAGCCGCCUGCUUCAUCUUCGUCUUCCCAGGGCUGUGCCUCAUUCAAGCCAAACUCUCUGAGAUGGAGGAAGUCAAACCAGCCAGCUGGUGGGUGCUGGUCAGCUACGGAGUCCUCUUGGUCACCCUGGGAGCCUUCAUCUUCGGCCAGACCACAGCCAACGCCAUCUUUGUGGAUGUCUUGGCAUAACCACUGCCUCUCAGGGAACACAAGGCCUUUGUCAUUGGACCUAGAAACCCAUCUCUUAGAGCUGUGGGAGUACUCUAUCUCCACCAUAGUUCCAACUGGUAGGAUGACAUCUGGACAUCCUUCUCCUGGAACAGCUCUGGGGUAAAAUCAGGCCCCACAACUUUAGGCAUCUCAAAUCCAGCUGUCUUCUACUUCCCAGUCCUGGCAAUGUCAUGGGUGGUGGCAGGAGGUCUCCUGUCACAGAGGAACCUUUCUCCUCUCCUAGCUCUCAGCUUCUUCAUGCCUGGAACCCAUGAUGAAGAGGACAGUGGGUCUCAGAAGAGAGACCUCAGUCUGACUUCCCUCUGGUCAUGGGUUAUAGACAAAAGGUCACUGUCCUUCACAGAGCAGCUUGUCCUGAAUAGGGGCUGUGCUGAUUAACUGGGGCCAGCGGUGGCUUCCUCUAGGAUCUAGCAAUGUCCAAAGUCAUAUGGAAAGGCAGAGGCAGGUGGAUUCAGGCCUGGUCCACUCCAUAUCGGGAGUUCCACCCUGUUUCUUUCUCCAAACCUGAUGGUCCAGGCUGGGUAUCCCUGUCCCCCUCCUCCCCAGGCAUCACCAAGUCUAAUGUUUACAAACAGUGCCAGCCCGGCUCUGAAGCCAGGGGCCGUCACGUGCCACGGUGCUGUGAGUAUUCUUCCAUUAACUUUCCCCACGGAGUUGAUGGGGGAGUCUGCUUUUCUCAGAUUCCAGACGGGUCCCUUUUUACAGAGGCUCCAGGGUGGGUGAUAGAGAAAGCUGGGAACCUGUCAAACCUUCCAGGCAAGCUGGACUGGCCAGGAUCAAGGUGAACCUCUUUAACACCUUCUUCAGUGACUGCUUUUCUUCUCCCUUCCUUCCUCCCUCCCUCCUCCCCUGCCAAAUCUAGCCUGAUAACCCAGAGAGAAGAAAGGCAGCUGGGUUGUCACUGAUGGGCAACAUUUCAGCCUGUCACGCUGGCCUGGAAGUUUCUCUUCUAAUCUGGAUCUCGUCUGUUCCUUUCUUCUCCCUCUUAACUUCCCUACCCCAGUGCUCUGUGUAGCUAAGUCUCCCACUCACCUAAGUUGGAAGCUGAAGACAACAAAUCCUCUCACAACUUCCUCGGCACCAUACGUCUGUUAGUCCUGGCCUUCACAGCCUUUUAGUCACAUUGAGGUCACACCUGGAUGUUAUUCCUAGCAAGGUGAAGACAAACACUGUACCCCCCAUACUCCUGCUGCCCCUCAGCUCAUUUUGGCCAAUCCCAGGCACCAAUCCAGGCUUCCUCUUCCACCUGGAUGCCCAGCAUUUCCUUGGCCCUCCUGCCAAAAUCUGUAUACUAGGGGUGCCCUGAAGCCCACCACUCAGGGCAGUCCAAUCUAAGAAGCAGUGGCUGGUUGGGGGCCGGUUAGGGUUCUGCUUGGUCUCUGGACGAGAUGAACUGCCUUUUCUCAUAACCCAUCUUGGUGCCUGAUCAUCUCUGCCCCUGGGGCCAGGUUUUCCUGCAUAGCACCAGGCCCUGCCAGCCCCCAUCCCUGACAAGGCUAGGAGGACAACCUAGUGGUAGCACUGACUGCACAGUCUCCUGGCACUGUGUUUCAGGGGUGGGAGGAUGAGAGGGGAGUCGUUGCACAGAGAGACCAUCAGAAAAAGGAGCUGGAAUCUCACCUCUUGGCUAACCUCAGGGCCUCCCCCCAACUCCCCACCAUCCUUUCCUCUGUCUUCUCUGUCUGGAUAGUUUCACUGUUUAUUUUCUACUUGUGCACACUUGGAAAAGGGAAGAUGGUUAAUAAAAGGGACUUGUGCUGCUGA